AUGUUGCGUGCACGUCUUAGCCGGUGUGCGACCGCGCUUCCGCGCGUGUCGGGCGUGCGCUCUUUGCACCAAUUGCCACCGAUUCCUUCGGCCAUUGCAGAGGGGUGUGAGCCGUUCCUCUCGAAGCGGACGACCCACCUUCUGUGGACGCAGUGGCAGGCUGGUCUUUUGCAACGUCUGAACGAAGAAGCAAAGGGUACAUUGCAUGCGACAGAGUCGGUUAUGGAGACAGUGAUGAGCACGGCGCGUGACCGCCAGAAGAUCUUGAUGUUCAACUAUGCCUCGUUGGCGUUGAAUAACAGUUUCUUCUUGUCGGGUCUCAUUCCUCACGAAGCACAGGGCACGCGUGCGUACCCACAGCCGUACACACACAUCGGUGCGAUCCCUACGUUCUACGGCAAGACGCUCGCUACUGCUAUCGCUGAUCAGUUUGGCUCGCUACCGCAAUUGAAAUUGGCUGUAUCGUCGGCUGCCAUGAGCAUGGUUUCAGGCGGCUGGGUUUGGCUUGUCAAGGAUGAGCAUGGCCGUCUUGGUGUGGUGCCAACGUUCGGUGCAGGCACAGUGCUGGUGCAGAACCGCCGUCAAUGUGGUCCUAGCGACCUUAUCACGGCUGUGCAGGACGGUAAGAUGACGCCCGAUGCGGCGCCUGAGUCGUCAGCAGCUGAGGCAUCGGGUACCUCGUCCAAGGCUCAGGCUUCGCCCCCCCUGAGCCGUUUCGACAAUCUCUCGCGAAGCUCGGCGAACGGCGCGAUUGGCCAGCAUCUAUACCCCCUGUUCUGUAUUAGUGUCUUCGAGCAUGCAUGGCUCGGUGACUAUGGCUUCUGGGGGAAGGAGCGCUACCUGACGCACUUCUGGGACUGUCUGAACUGGGAGCGUGUGGAGCGUCUUUGGGGCGACAACCGCGCGUAA